AUGUCUACUACUUCCACCACCUCCGCGAGCACAACAGGCACUGCCUGCGGCGCCAGAGUCUGGGAAAUUCCCACAACUGAUGCAGCCUGUGCUGGUAUUGUCACUGGGAAUAUGACCGAUGUGAUGGAUGAGUGUUGUAAAGACGCCGAGGUCUCCAAGUAUGAGAACAACUGUGGCAUCUACUGUCUCGCCCAGGGCCAGGAUAUCAACGAGCUCCAGUCCUGCCUCUCCAGGAAGAGCGGCAACUAUCACGAUGUCUUCUGCAACGCCGCUCUCAAUGCGACCGCCACUGCCACUGCCACACGCUCCAAAUCCACUUCCUCGGGCACUAGCACACACUCGUCUACUACCUCGACUUCCACGAACGCUGCGAUCGCAAACCAGCAAAUCUCCAAGUCUGGUCUGGGACUGAUUGGACUCCUUUUCAGCUCUGCUUUAAUGGCUGUUAUUGCUUAA